GGUGGGUUUCAUUUCGGCCAUUGAUAUUUGAUUCUCUCUCUUUCUUCUUCGCCCUAUUUCUCUCUCUCUCUCUCUCUGUCUCUCUCUCUUGCGCCUGUCGUAUAGCAAUGUCUGGGGAAUCAGCGAGCGCUGUUCAUAAGGGUCAAGUUGAUCUCUUAGACUUCAUAGACUGGUCUGGUGUUGAAUGCCUCAAUCAGAGUUCCACCCACUCACUCCCCAAUGCUAUCAAACAGGGUUAUAGAGAAGACGAUGAUUUGCAUCUGGAGAGUGAUGCUGAUGAGCAGCUUUUGCUUUAUAUUCCUUUCACACAAGUCGUUAAACUCUACUCCGUUGUUAUCAAAGGUCCUGAAGAUGAAGGCCCCAAGACAGUGAAGCUCUUUUCUAACAAGGAGCACAUGGGAUUUAGUAAUGUCAGUGAUUUUCCACCAAGCGAUGAGGCAGUUUUGUCCCCGGAAAACCUUAAGGGGAAACCGGUGAUUUUAAAGUAUGUCAAGUUCCAAAAUGUUCGUAGCUUGACAAUUUUUAUUGAGGACAACCAGACAGAUUCUGAGAUCACAAAAGUUCAGAAGAUUCUGCUGUAUGGUACAACAGUCGAAACAACAGACAUGAAGGGUUUGAAGAAGAUUGAGGAUCAUUGAUCCCCUGGAAAGAGUAGAUUCAAGUUCCUUAUCCAUCCUUAGAAAUUUUGAUUGGAAAUGUUAUAUUCAGCUUCAUGAAUGAUAAUUUAUGACUUCCAAUGUCCAUCUCAUUUCAUAUAAGACUAAUGCACAGUAUAUCUGCAUGGUUGUGAUGAUUCAUGUGAUAGGAGGUAACACUCAAGUGGCAUGGCUGUCUGUUGUGUCUUUUUACAUGUUUUGGAAAUAUGUAAAAACUUAUUGAGGUUAGAAAUACCUUGAAUGACUGAAUCUGGAAAGAACUAGACUGCAUUGACGGUGUCCUCGUCAUCUGUUACAAUUAUUCCACUAAGAUUUAGGAAUAUAACAGCUACCUGCACCAAUGAUGGUUUUACCUGCUGCUUCUGUUCACCUUUGCACUUAUUUACCUGUAUAAUCACUUUUUUUCCUGCUCUGAACUAAUCACUUUAAUAACAGAGUUCUUGUGAACUGUAGUUGGGGGCGUAUUGCUUAUUAUGACCAAAUUUGUGCAAUCGCUGGUUUGGUCGCACGGUAAAACUGUCAAAAGUAAUUAUUUAUAGGUUAUUGAAGCUAAGGGAGACAUUUUUGGCAGAAUAAAAAAGUUCAGAAACUACCAUAUGCUGGUUGCACAGAGAGGUGGAUGCUAUUAACUAGCAGAAAGAAAGUGGAUUUAACAUCUGACUACCAGUAACCUAAACCUGCGAGUUCUUAACUUCUGCUGAGAGGGGGAGAAGGGUAUUUUUUUUCAUCAAACAAGAGCAUUUUUUGGAACUAUUUACCAAAGUCUCGUACAUUAAAGUUACAUUUGAUGCCACUUUGAGUUAUGCAAGUUUUC